GAGCUCCGGCGGGCUCGGCUCGGCUCGGCUCGGCUCGGCUCGGCUCGGCUCGGCUCGGCUCGGCGGGUUCGGUUCUAGUUCGGUUCGGCUCGGCUCAGCCCGGCACGGCGGCGGCGGGAGGAUGGAGAUGAGAAAGCGGCUCACGCUGGAGCUGCGCAACAAGAAGCCUGGAGAGGUGAAAGAGCUGGUUCUUGAUAACUGCCGUUCAGACGAUGGCAAGAUCGUUGGGCUCUCUUCAGAUUUUGAGAACCUGGAGUUCCUCAGCAUGAUCAACGUCAACUUGCUGUCCAUCUCCAAUCUCCCCAAACUUAACAAGCUCCGGAAGCUGGAGCUGAGUGAUAACCGGAUUUCUGGUGGCCUUGAAGUUCUAGCAGAGAGAACUCCCAACCUGACACACUUGAAUCUAAGCGGCAACAAGAUCAAAGACAUCAAUACCCUGGAACCCUUGAAAAAGUUGCCAAACCUGCAUAGUCUGGACCUCUUCAACUGUGAGGUGACAAUGCUCAUCAACUACCGGGAGAGUGUGUUCACCCUUCUGCCCCAGCUCACCUACCUAGAUGGAUUUGAUGCUGAUGAGCAGGAAGCCCCUGACUCAGACCCUGAGGCAGAUGGGGAUGGACUGGAAGAUGAGUAUGAGAAUGGGGAAGAAGGUGAGGAAGAGGAGGAUGAUGAUGAGGAAGAUGACUUGGAUGAAGAAGUCAUUGAUGAAGAAGAUGAUGAAGAUGAUGAUCUGGAAGGUGAAGAGGAGGAGGAUGGAGUAGAUGAUGAGGAGGAAGAUGAGGAGGAAGAUGGUGAGGAUGAAGAAGAUGAUGAAGCUGAUGAUGACCUUCCACGAGGGGAGAAGAGAAAACGAAAUCUAGAGGAUGAAGGAGAGGAAGACCCAGAAGACGAAGAGGAUGAUGAGGAUGACUGAUCCCAGCGAGCCAAUCAGUUUUACAGACUAUGACUGUGCUUGUCUUAACCUCCCCGUUGUGUCUAUGUGAGACUGUAAAUCCCCAUCUCCCGCUCCUCCUCCCCUUUGUAUGGCUGCAGCGUCCACAAUAUAUUUUUUUAAGAUGUAGAAUACUGUAGGCAUUCAGGGGAAUCUUCCAUACAAGGCUCUCUUUCUCACAAGUAUCUCAUGACCAAAGGCUUUCUCCGUUCUGUGGUUUGUGCAGCAGUUUGCAAAAAAAAAAAAAAAGAGAAAAAAAAAAAUUCCUCCUAGGGUAUCUUUCGUGUCUGAAAUCAGCCUUGCCACACUGGACCCAGAGCUCCAGCUCACCACCCUGCCUGACAGCCAAGAAGAUGUGUUUGCUAUCUGCAUGCCCUCAGACCUGCUUUCCGAAGACACUCGAGCCAUCUUGAGCAGUGGGUGCAAAUCUGGUUCAUCUGAAAGGACUCUAAGCAACCCAUCACUGAGGUCUCUCUGAUCUGAAAUAAUGGUGAUGUGAUCUCUGGAUAUGCUUGAAGAUACUUUAGUGUUGGGAUUGUGGGGUGCCUGGGGUCUUGGGUGGGGGGUUGACUGCUUGCAAGACCUGGUACCUCUGGUGAUGCACCUUGCAGUAGCCCUGUACUUGCUUUCCUAUUUUUUUAUAAACUGGAAUAUUUUUUUUUUUCCUGAUUGCCACCUAAUAACUUUGACUUGGAUGCCCAAGUAGUGCUGAUUUAUGGUCCUGAACAUCUGCUGUGCUGAGGCUUGUCAUCGUUCUAGCAGCCUGUGCUUUGGGAAGAGAUAGGAAAUAGCAGGUUUAGGGAUACUGCACUUCUGUCAAACUCCAUUUCGCACUGUACAGAACACGUUCAACCAGUAUCACUGUGAUGCACCUAACUCGGCGUUCCCCGGGAGACCGUGUUAGCCUAUAUAUUCUCAGGGUCCUUCUGCUAGCCAGUAACAGCUCUGGACAGUUGCCUGGUGCGUUUCCUCCUCCUUUUUCCUUUUCAGCACGAAGAGAAGCGCAUUGAUCAGAAAUCCAGCUCGCUCCCCUUCAUGCUCUUCACACUGCAGCCGUGGAGCGUGUCUCCUUCUGACCUGGGGUGGCUGGAGCAGGGAAGGGGGGGGGGAAUUGGACCGGGGCGAGCUCUCCACUGCAGGGUUUCUGACCUCUGACCCUUCCUUCCCCUGCCACGAGGCGUUGGGAUGGCACAGCUGAUAGCUUCUGGAGAGAGACCUGGCCCUGUGGCCUCCAGGGAUGGGAACUGUUGGGUGCUGGGUGCCUGCAUUCGGGACAGAGGGAGCCACGCAGUUGCUGGGGGCAUCCCACUGCUGCGGGGGCACUGGCACUUUGUGGAGCUGUGCUCGGUGCUCCGGGCCACCCGCUGGCACCCAGCACCUGGAGGUGAGGCUCACAGAGUUCCUGCAGGAGUGGGGUGUGUUGCAGCACAUCGGAGUUCCUGUUGCUUUGUUCCGUUCUCGCUGUUGUCUCUUGCAUUGUACAGUAGCUGUAACCAUUCGGAGAAGAACUACUCCUGUAAAAUGCAAACUGAGUAACUUAUAAAUGUUAAAGGAAUUUAAAAAAAAAAAAGGAAAAAAAAAAAUCAGAGCAGCAGUUACUUCUAAUUUUUUUUUUCCCUGCAUUUUUAGCAGAUUGUAUGGAUUUUAUAAUAGCCUAGUAACUGUCAGGUUUCGAUUGGUCAGACUAGUCCCAGAAAUAAGGAUCUCCAGCCCUUUUGUAUCUUUUGUUACAAAAUUUGGAUAAAACUUUUAAUAAAGACUUCAGUUUUUAAAAACCCA